AUGGAUACUUUUGAUAAGCAUCUCGCUUUCAACUUUCGUGCAAUUCAAGCGAAAGAACUUGGAAGUGUGCCAGUCUUGUCAAAGGCAGUGCGUCCCGGCCGCGCACAAAAAUCUCACUCGCCAAGCGAUUUUACUCGUACAUCAAAAGUCGUUACAGGCGCACCGAAGACUCUUUGCCUUCCCCGUCUCCUAGCCAUCACUGAUCUCAACUCCGCAUUUCUUGUGCGGCACGAACGUCCAUGGGACACCUAUCAAGAAACUUUUCACGCGGAUCUUGCCGGCGAAGUCAUCUUUGCUAGCCGGCGCACACACCGAUCCCGCAUUGUGGCCAUUCGAAAGUAUCAGAGGCAGGACGCUCGCCGUUUGAUCGACCGAUUCGGUCACCUAGAGCAUGCCAAUGUACUGAGACUCCAUGAAUGCUAUCUCUACGGGGAUUCUGGGUUCUUCCUGCUUGAUGACCUGCCCUUCACUCUAGGAAUUAUUUCAGAAAGUCCCCGGGUUCGUCUGAAUGAACAGGAGCUGAGCGCUAUUUUAUCUCAGGUCAUCAGUGGGAUGCAACAUUUGCGCUCAUUUGGACUCACUCAUCAAUCGCUUGGUUGCGGGGACUUUCUACUUGGACUGGACGGGGCUGUCAAGAUCGCACGCUUAGAGCUCUGUGUAGACUGCACGCCAGAUCAGGCUGAGCAGGUGUACCUGUCAAUGAUUCCAUCACUAGCCUUGCUGCUCAUGCACAAAGAUCAGGAGAGCGAAGAAGCUCGCAUCGCACAUUGGCCGAUCACGUGUGCUGCAAGCCAAUUCCUGGCUGUUGCCAAGUCAGCAAAGUCAAUCCCGGCACUUCAGAAGGUAGGGUAUUCGUCAUUGGCAAAGUGGACGAUUUCAGCCAAUAUUCUUGGUCUUAUAUUCACAUUUGCGACCGUCAUCUUGGGGAUAAUAAAUUUAGGGACCUCAUGGGGAGCAAUGCUUCUCAUUAUAUCUCACGUGUCGGCCACAGCUUUUGUUAUCGGUGGAGCAAUCAGCACCACUGUAAUUUAUGGUCUUAUGACGAGCGCGAUCAAAGUGGUACUACGGGACUUUGGGAUUGUGGCAAGCCUUGGAGAGCAUUCCUUCACAGUUUCCUGGGUGAUUGUUUACGUACUCUAA